CGCUCGGUCCACUCUCUCCCCCCGGCAAAGCCUCGCACUUGCCGCGGGUAAUCCCUCCCUUGUUGGCAUCUCCCCGCGGAACAUGUCAGCGCCUCUCCCGAGCGGAAGACCCUCACAGGCGAGCGUUUUCUCCACAUUCCUCCGCCGCUUCCCCGCUUUUGUUGUCGUCCACCUCCGGAGCGGAGGGGAGUGACGGGGGAGGCUGACCCGCGAAAUGCUGCGCGCUCCCGGCUGCGGCAGUCCAGGCAACGACCCUUGCCCGGAGAGGAGCGGUGCUCCGCCGCUGACCGCCCCCACAACUCUCUGCGAGUAGAAGAGUGAGAUCUCCUAUUGGCACAUCCACUUGGACGUGAUGGAUAAUUCGCUCAAUGCUGGAAUGAAAAGGAAACGGCCUCAGUUUGGCAUGCGGCUGCUGUCUAGUCAAUCUGAUCAUGGGCAACAAGAGGAGCAGAGGGAGGAGCGGCGAGAGAAGCGAGCGAGCGAGCGGCCCACUGCAGUAUUGAUGACCCAAUGAUCCCCUGCAGAACUCAGCCAGCCAGGCAGACAGACUGAGGCUCCACUCGCAAUACCAGUCAACGGCGGCGAGCGGUUGUAGCGGGACGCCAACGGCCCGCAAUCUUCUUGACCAGCUGCAGAGGACAACAAAGUGCUUGCAUGGACAUUUGGACUCUAAUUGGUUGAGGACAAAGGUGAAGGGCCCGAGCUCUGGACCUGGGGGUUCCUAGGUCACGCGCGCCAUGACCUUGAACCGGUGACCCUCCACAUUGGCUAACGGCCUCCAUCUACAACAAGGGCCGGGCGCCGUGUCUACUGACGGGAAGCAGCUGGCGCCGAGGCGCUGGGAAUCAUGCAAACACACAUAGACGCACAGACGCUUUCUCACGCCAAUUUGGAUUCUCGUGGACCCGCACGCUCGGUUUCCGCGAGAACUGCACGCACAUCGUCACCUCAGCCUUUGUCGUUAGCGCUUGGCAAUCAUCCCACUUCGGUGCGGACCCUCGCCGCAGAAAUGGAUACGCCCUCAAAGAUUUGUCCGGUUCCUGCCAGUCUGAACCAGAACACGGGUUCCACGCCUCUUCUGGUGGAGGCCGAGAGGAAGUAUGCGCUCCGCAGCUCCGGACGUUCCCGCUUCCCCUGUCACGUGCGCAAAUCCUCCCGCCUCCGCCGAACGCCGGAGAACGGCGAGCGGAAAUCGGAUAAGGAGAAAGGAGGUGAGGAGGAGGUGAAAGCAUCGGAAGAGAAGAUCUGGAGGGUGAAGGAGGAGAAGGAGGAGGCGGUGAUUCUGAAAAAGGAACAGCCAACUGUGGAGGCUCCGCCCCUCGCCACCACCUCCCCUCCAGGCGCUCCUCUUGCGCUAACCGUACCGGAACCCGUCUCCAAAGCUGCCCCGAAACCAGGGCCCAGACUCGGACACAGACCCGGACCCAAAUCUAGGUCGAGGCCCGUUCCCAAGUCGGUGCAGAAACCCGGCCCGAAAAGCGUCAUGAGACGGCGUCUGGCGGCAGCCAAGGCCGCCGCCGCCGCCGAGUGCGGCGCCGCUCUCCUCCCUCCGCCGAUGGUGGGGGCUGGCGGGCCGCACGUGAAGAAGGAGCCCGUGGAGCUGCAGAUUUUGUCUCCCAGCGGCAGGAGGUGUGGACGUUUUGUCGGAGUGAGGAGGAUCGUCGUCAAGGUGGCUCGCAUUCCCGUCAGCCUCGGCCGGCGACAGAAAACCUACAAGAUUUCCAAUCUGGAGACAAUUACGGGAGCGGAGAAGAGCAACGACGGGAAAUCGGAAGGCCCAGAGGUGGUCAAGGAGCCCACCGCGUUGCUCCGCAUGAAGAACAACGGCAAAAGCGUCAUGGUCAUGUUCCCACCCGGAGAGCUGCCGGUUAUCCUUAAACGACGGCGGGGGCGCCCACCUAAACAGGCCGUGCCCUUGAUUGCAGGAGAGACCCCCAAUGUUUGUGGGAACGGAGACCAGAUCAAGAAGCCCAGGAGGAAGCGGCGGACUAAACUACCUUGUCCUUUCCCGUCGUACGUCAACGACACUAAUGAUGUGAAGACGGAGUAUGGGGACGUGCUGUCCAAACUGGCCUUUUUGAACCGCCAGCCCCCCACCACGGGACGAUGUUCCCCGCCUCGCUGCUGGACACCCAGCGAGCCGGAAAGCUUCCACACCCCCUCGGAAAACCCUGGACUGUCCACCCUCCUGCACCGGCUCACUGGGUUUCGGCGGCCGCGGGGCGGCAGAGGGGGCGCCGGGAGAGGCAGUGGCGGAGCAGGGGGCGCCGGGGGGAGGGAACACAAUGACAGCACCUUCAGUGACUUCUUUGAAUCCAUUGGCAAGAAGCGCAAGCUGAGUCCCCUCUCUGAGCACGGACUACCCAGGAAGAGGGGGAAGAGGGUCGGGGGUGUCGGCAGAGGAGGCGGGGUGGUCGGAACCGAGCUUGGGGGCGAGAAAGCAGUCAGGAAGAGACGAGUCAGAAAAAACGGCACAUUCAAAGGGGAGGAGGAUGGCAUGGGACAGGACUGGCCUAAUGGGUCCGGAGGCUGGGGGGAGAAAGCUUUGAGAGGAUAUCAGCUCUGUGUGUCUACAAGGGGGGGUUUUUCUUCCUGUGAGGUUGGGAGGAGGGGGAGCUACGGCCGCUCAGGUGGGGGAAGGGGUGUCGGACCAGCCGGGGAGGACUCACAAGGUCUGUUUGCCGGAUAUUUCCGAUCCCUGCUGGACUCUGAUGACUCCUCUGAACUUUUGGACAUCGCACAAUCAAACGCCCGCAAAGAUUCAUCGGCCCCCGGUUACGAGCCAUCCAGCCCGGCCCCGGGUCACAGGUGGUCCCCCGCCAAAUGGGGCGCCAACGGUACAAGCUCGGCGGCAGAUGAAUCGGGGCAUACACACUGCUCCUCAGCCGGGCCGCCAUACAGCUACGGGGGCCAGACCCAAACGUCCCCGACCCCAUCCACCUACCACAAAUCUACUCCUCCAUCUCUCUCGCACUCUCCCAGCUCCCCCCACCCAGCCGGCUAUGGCCACUACUCGCCCGCCUACGCCUCGUCUUCUUGCAUCGGGCCCCAGAGGUCGUCGGACUGCAGUUUUUCCUAUGUCAAGAACGUGGUUCAGGACCGUGGUCCGAUGGGUUACUCCAGCUACCACGCAGCCAGAAAGGGCUACGGCGGAAGUGCUGCAGCAGGGCCCGCGUCACCAGGGGCGGGGUUCAUGUCGGUGGCCAAGGGCAGCCCCUUCAGCUCCUCCUCCUCGCCAGAAUGUUAUAAACAGUACAACUGCAACCAGUGGAGCUACAGACAAGGCUACGGUGGCUGGUCAGCUGACAAUUUCGGGCCGCACGCUUACGGCGAAUACGGCGCCAAUGAAUCGAAGGACAUCUUGGACAUCUCAAAUUACACCCCCCAGAAGGCCAACAGACCGCCUUUCCCUGAGAGUCUUUCUGAGUCGUCCUCUGACUCCUCGCACCCCGGCUCGGCAGCCGCUGGGGGCGGUCCUCCCUCCAUGGGUGGCGUGUUCAAACAGAUGGAGACGGUCAGCGGAGACGGGGGUCAGUCCAGCCUGUCCAGCCUGGAGAAACUGAUGAUCGACUGGCACGAGAGCGCUUCGGGACCCUCGUAUAGCUGGAGCCAGAAUGUCCUCUUCCAGGGCGGCGGCACCAGCAAACCCGGCCGGGGUCGCAGGAAACGGACUGAGCAAUCGGAAAAGGAAGCAGGCUCCGUUUUGCACUCCGACUCCCCAUCCAGCCCCUCUUCGACACCCACUCCUGGACCUAAGCGGGGAGGACGGGGUAGAGGAUCCAGGGGAGCCAGAGGCGGGCUGUCUGGGUGUCAGAGAGAGCGUCUUUCAGGAUCCAAAGGCAGGGGAAAGGCCGCUGCAGCACUGACGGCUCCAGGUCUAGACUCUGGGCUGUUCCAGGAGGGGCUGGACUACUACAGCGGGGACAGUAGCAGCCUCUCCCCCUUGGCUACUCCCACCCAUGCACCGCCAUCCAGCUACCUCCAGGACCCCUGUGAGUACCCCUCCCCUUACUCGGCCCACCCCUCCACGCCGUCCUCUGAGGAGCGAUAUCCAGCGUUGUACCCUGGAGAGUCCUCCUCCUCGCUCUCACCCAGCGUCUCGUCUCCCCCUUACCCCCCCAAGCCCCAGUCCUACCACCUCGUCCCCUCCAGAACCUUCUCCCCCUCAUGCUCCCCUCUACCACGGGUAACGCCCCAUUGCAGCUCCGCCAUGAGUCCCUCCAAUCGCCCCCCGCCCAAAGAGGCACAUUUUUCCCAGUACGACUCCCCCAGUUACUGCGGCUCCCCCUACUGGUACGGACAAACGUCGCACAGCAGCAGCCCGAGCCCAAGUACCUCGGCCCACCCGCACACCAGCCCGCACGCGAACACUCACGGGAGUCUGCUCGCGAGCCCAAACGCACACAUGAACCAGCCUCCCCAUGACCUGCAGCAUCACAACGCCCACGGGAGCCUGACCUCCCACGCCAAAUCUUACCCUGCUAACAAUCAGUCCCAUCAGGUUGCCGCUCACUCCCUCUCCUUGCCCUCGCUCUACGACGAGUGCAGUACCGCCGCCGCCGCCGCCCACAAGCAGGAGCUCACCCUGCAUGCCAUUGCUGCGGGCGCCCGGCAGGGCUUGCUGACGCCCCCGCCCUCCUACCCGAAAGCCACCCUGGACCCUUUGACGGCGCACGAGGAGUCAGGCGGCUACUCGCUGUCCCAGCUGUCCUGCCAGGGGAUGGGGCACCGCUACCCCUCGCAGGUGUCUCAGGGAGGAGGAGGGGUGCUGUGCCAGCUUCUGGACCCGGCACACGAUGACAGCUUUAGCGUGACCAGCCUGUAACAGCAGGUGCGAUCAAUCCGAGCUUUUAACAGAUUUGCAAACAUUGUUUUUCUCGCUUUUGUACGGUUGACUUUUUCUUUUUCUUUUUUUUUUUUUUGUGCCAGACUGUGGAAUGAAGGGUGAGAAUUUAGCUGCCGGCUUUGGACAGUAAAGCUUUAAUUCUCCAGCAUUGACAAUCAAGAUCAACAUGCAAACGCCAACACUGAAGCAUGCACACAAACACACACAGCAGGGCUGGGCGAUAUGGCUGAAAACCGUAUCACGAUGCAGGCGUUUUAUAUUGGUCGAUAUCGAUAAUUGUUGAUACUGUAUCUUUUAUCACUUAUGGAAAAUAUGAACCAGGAGAAAAAAUAUAUAGAAUAUUUAUAUCAAAUGUAACUUAUCUCUGAUUAUAAUUCCCUCAACACAAGUAUAGAAAACAAACAAUGUAAACAAAAUAGUAAAACCAAAUUGAAAAAAAUGAAGGUGCAAAAAUAAGGAAUAUGUGAGAAAUGCUUAAUGAAGUGUUAGAAAAUAGUGAAAAAUGUAAACCUAGAGAAACCUGAGAAGAACUAUUUUCUGCAGGUUUAGUGCCAGGAAGUUACAGCUGUGCUCUAAAGGGUGAGCGCCUUGCAUCAUUUACAGACCACAUUGGUCUGACUAUGGUCCCCUUUUUUUUUUUUUAAUCCAAAGAAGUGCCAUAAUGUCCAGGUGACUUUCACUCUGUUAUCCACAAUGUCUUCAUUUUGACUUUCUCUUCUCACUCCAUGCCAAGAAUCAACCGCCAGACAACUGAACUUGAUAGUUGAUACUGUCACCCGAUUGGCUGUUUGCGUGUCACUCCCGCUGAUCAGUGAUCCCUUUAGGGCUGCAUGAUAUUGAGAAAAAACUUAAUUGCUGUUUUUCUGCCCAAAACUACGAUUCGAUUUGCAAUUUUUAUAUUUGAGAACUAUAAAUGCAUAAUAUAAAAAUACUUUUAGACUGUCAGUCAACAUAUUCUUGUCUCACGGUGCCACACAUAACAAUAUGCAAUAAUCUACUUUAUAUUUGGCUUUAUGCUGACAGACUUUUGUCUACAUUGUGCUUUUAAACUGAAGAAAUAACCAAUAAAAACUAUGCAGUGAUCAUAAUGUAAUGUAAUCAUAAUAUAAUAAUAUUGCAAGUAACCAUUUAAAAAGAUUUAAUUACUGUAUCAUUACUUAGAAUUGUUUACCAUUGUACUGUAAUUGUAAGGUAAAUAAUUUUGAGUUAUCCGAAAUAAACAAACAAAAUUAUUAAUUUCUGUAAACAAACCUUCAAAUUAAAUAUGAACAUAUUGAAGUGCAUUUUUUAACCAGUUGAAACAUUUUUUGUUGUUGCCAUCACGUCAUUCUCGCUCGUUCGUCCGUGUUGAUGGGCUUAUAUUGCCCCUCUGUUUUGAAGCUGAACUAUUCCCACAGGGGGACAUUUGUACUUCCCGUGUGUGCGCUCUACACACCCGAGACAAAGAUUGUGGACGACUGAAAAGAGGGCUCACUGCGUUCAGUUCAUUCUACUGUUAAAUAAACGCGAUGCACAGAGUGAGACCUCGUUCUACCAGUUUGAGACUCACAAUUUAUCAAUGCCGGCAAAAUAUUUUAACUUAAUUUUCAUUCAUCGUUUGACUAAUUGAUUUAUUGACUAUCGGCCCAGGCCUAGUCACCAUCAAAACUUUUUCCACCGAUUUUCUUUCAGAUCCGAUUCCAAGUAAAAUUCAUGCUGGUAUCAGCGAUACCGAUCCAAUACCAAUUCUUUGUGAAAAUAAUAACAUAUUGUGUCUUUCUAAAAACAAACUAUGUGUAAGAAUGUGAUAAUGUAAGAAAAAAGAGCAACACAAUGGACUCUAAUGAGGAAAAAGCUGUCAUUUUUUUACUACUACUAAUAAUAACAACACAAAAUGCUGUCUUUAAUUAUGUAUAUCAGUUUUUAGCACGUUGUUAAAAAUAAAAAUAUAUUAAAAUGCCCCCCGUAUACUUGACUUUUCAGUCAGUUGAGACAACCCUGAUCUAAAAUAUUAGAAGCUCUCCAAAUAAAAAAUAAAAUAUAAACAGUUUGUUAAUUAAAAAAAAAUAAUAAUAACAUGCAUUAAUUUGAAAAAUUACAACAAUCAUAAUAAAUACUAAAAUGUGUAACUGUAAUGUUUUUGCACAGGCAGAAUAUUUAACACACUAGGUUAUUUAGUUAGGCAAUAAUCGUGCAGCCCUCGAUCACUUCCUGCUUUGAGCGACUGCCUUUGUUCAUGCAACUAAACCUCGCUUACAUACUUUGGCUUUCUUCCCACCAAGAAGCAAAACAAUUGUCAAUCAUUUUAUCAAACGCAUUUUUUAUUGAUAUCAAUUAUUGAACAUUUUAUCAAACGCAAUUUUUAUUGAUAUCAAUUAUUGAACAUUUUAUCAAACGCAUGGUUUAUUGAUAGCAAGUAUUGAACAUUUUCUCAAACGCAUAGUUUAUUGAUAUCAGUUAUUGAACAUUUUAUCAAACACAUUUUUUGUUCAUAUCAAUUAUCGAACAUUUUAUCAAAAGGCAUUUUUUAUUGGUAUCAAUUAUCGAACAUUUUAUCAAACGCUUAGUUUAUUGAUAUCAACAAUCGAACAUGUUAUCAAACGCAGUUUAUUUAUAUCAAUUGAACAUUUUAUCAAACACAUUUUUUUUAUAUUGAUUAUCAAACACUUUAUCAAAUGCAUAUUUUAUUGAUAUCAAUCAUCAAAUAUUUUAUCAAACGCAUUUUUUAUUGAUAUCAAAUAUUGAACAUUUUAUCAAAUGCAUAUUUUAUUGCUAUCAAUUAUCGAACAUUUUAUUAAAUGCAUUUUUCACUGAUGUCAAUUAUCGAACAUUAUAUCAAAUGCAUAUUUUAUUGAUAUCAAUUAUCAAAUAUUUUAUCAAACGCAUUUUUCAUUGGUAUCAACAAUCGAAAUUUUAGCAAACGCAUAUUUUAUUGAUAUCAAUAAUCGAACAUUUUAUCAAACGCAUAUUUUACUGAUAUCGAUUAUCGAACAUUUUAUCAAACACAUUUUUUAUUGAUAUCGAUUAUUGAACAUUUUAUCAAACGCAUAUUUUGAUAUCAAUUAUCGAACAUGUUAUCGGACGCAUUUUUUAUUGAUAUUGAUUAUUGAACAUUUUAUCAAACGCAUAUUGUAUUGAUAUCAAUUAUCAAACAUUUUAUCUAACGUAUUUUUAAUUGAUAUUAUUAUUGAACAUUUUAUCAAACACCAUUUUUUAUUGAUAUUGAUUAUUGAACAUUUUAUCAAAUUAAUAUUUUAUUGAUAUCAAUUAUCGAACAUU